AUGAUCUGCGGUUUUUAUGGUAUCUUAUGCGCUGGCGGUGCAUACUGCGCAUUAAAUCCGACAGAUCCGCAUGAACGUGUCGUUUCACUUCUCGGUCAAAUAGGUGGACAAUAUGUUUUGUUGCAUGAAAAAACUCGCAAACAGUUUCCCUCAACAGCUGUUCCGUAUGUUGUUCUUUUGGAUGAUAUUCUUCUACCAUACAUAGGAAUUGAAGACAUAGGUGAUCUUCCUGUUUGUGAAGAAUACGGAGCUGCAUACAUUAUUUGCACAUCAGGCACGACUGGAAGACAAAAAGCGGUUGUUCAUACUCACAAAAGUUUUUCGGCAUGUGCUGCAGCAUUUAUUCAAUCAGAUGUUGGCAUGUAUACACUGCGCGAUCAAGUUCUUCAAGUUGCAGCUUCUUCAUGGAUUUUGCACCUUACAGAAAUAUCAGUGCCACUAGUUGUUGGUGGUACUCUUGUACUCCUGCGAUCAGGAGGUAAUUUAGAUAUGGCUUAUUUUUGUCGAACUCUGGUAUAUCAACAAGUAACAACACUUACAAUUGGUCCUGCAAUAAUUCUAGCUCUCACCAAUUAUCUCGAAAUGAGUCAACAAUUGGAAGUUUUCAAGUUUGUGCGCAACUUGUGCACAGGAGGUGAUGAUGAACCUUUUCGUUUAAUUUCUUAUUACUUUUGUUACCUACUCAUUCUUGUAUAUUUAGGAGAACCGAUAAAACCACAAUCAUGGGCUCGAUUUAUCAGUUUUUUAAGUUCGUCCAACACUCGAGUCGCCGUUCAAUAUGGUACGACUGAAUCCAAUGGUGCUCUUGCGUGUCACUUGUUUGACAUUACUGAUCCAAUUCUGUCCAUGGGUUAUCCAUUGCCAAGCAUUAAAUGUUUGCUCAUUGAUGAACAAGGUCAGCAAAUUAGUAAUAGUGGCAAACCAAAUGAAAUCGGUCAAAUUCAUAUUGGAGGACCGACUCUAUUCAACUGUUAUUUGAAUGAUCCAGAGCGUACUAGCAAUAUGUUUGUAACCAUUGAUAAUCAAGUUUUUAUAAAAACAGGUGAUUUAGCUCAUUACAACAACCGUGGUGAACUUGUUUAUGAUGGACGCAUUGAUUUUCAAAUUAAACUACGUGGUCAACGAGUGGAAACAGUCGAAAUUGAAAAUACAAUUAUUCAAUGGUCACCUAACAAAAUUUCCAACUGCCUUGUCACUAAACUUCCGCAAAGUGAUGAUUUACUUGUUGCUUAUAUAAUUUCAAAUGAUUUGAAGGUCAACACUGAAGAUAUUCGAGACUAUUGCAAUAAACAUUUGCGUCAAUAUAUGGUUCCAUCCUAUUUUAUUGUAAUGGAUACAUUUCCACUUAAUUCCAAUGGAAAAAUCGACAGAAAGCAACUUCCACUACCGUCAUUACAGUAUGAUGUGCCAACUAACUUUCUUCGAAGUGAAGAUCGAUCAAUUUCGGAACUAGAAGAGAAAGUACAUCAAUUGUGGUGUUCUACAUUGAAAGUUGAUGCUGUUCCUCGUCACAUGAAUUGUUUCGCUUUGGGUGGUUCAUCUCUUUCAUUGAUGCAAAUGUUCAACUAUUAUCAAUUUCACUUGACUCCAAACAAACAACUCAAUGUACUUGAUUUUUUUCUUAAUCCAACUAUUACUGAACAUGUUCAACUCUUGAUCAAUAGCAAGACAAAAAUAUAUGUGAUUUGGAGUUCACUUCAUCUUGUACAAGGAGUGACGUCAUGUGCACAAGAACGCCUUUGGAUGGACGAAAAGGUACGUUUCAAUGAAUCAAUCAAUGGGCAAGCAUCUAUUUAUAAUGAAUUACUCAUCUACAAAUUAACAUCAGUUACUUCAUUGUCAAUAGAUCGUCUCCGUCAGGCUCUUACAUUUAUUGUUAGUAAACAUGAAAUACUUCGUACAGCAUUAAUUUAUGAUGAAGACAAACUCAUACAAAAGGUACUACCAAUAUCAAAUGAUUUGUUCAAUCUAGAAACAACAUAUGUAAUGAAUGAUACUCAUUUGAAGGAAAUUCUGUAUAAUGAAGAAACAAAUCGAUUUUUGUUUAAUCUUGAGCAAGGUCGUGUAUUUCGAUGUCAUAUUCUUCGUCAAUCCUUUCACAAUGAUGACGACAACAAUUUAAAACAAAAUGACAUCAUUCUGUUUAACUUUCAUCAUAUUGCUGUUGAUGGUAGUUCAAUUACCAUCUUCAUUAAUGAUCUCCGACAAGCUCUUACAAAGCAAGAACUAUCUAACAACAAAGAAGACAAUAUCACUUAUCUUGAUUAUGCACAAUAUGAACGAUUAGAAGACUGGUCAAGUGCUCGACAAUAUUGGCAUAGUGUCCUAGCAACUUUAGAUAAUUCAAUUGGUCAACAAAAUUCUAUGAUACGAACGGGCAAGGGUUGUACAGUAGCAUUCGAUCUUGAUCAUGAUCUUGUUAUCAAUUUGAAUCAUUUUAUUUCCCAAUCAAAUUUUACACUUUUUCAAGUUGGUCUUGCUGCCUUCUUUGCCUUUCUUUUUAAAAUGUCCAACAGUCAGCAGCUCGAUUUGUACACAGAAAAUGGAUCGAUGACUUAUGGUGAACUGCUUUUCUAUGCUCAACAAUUAGCUAAUCAUUUAAUCACUGAAUGUACUGUUCAACCAGGCCAAAUUGUUUGUCAAUUAAUAGAACGAUCUUUUGAAAUGGUAAUUGGUAUAUUAGGUAUUUGGAUGAGUGGUGGUGUUUAUGCUCCUUUGAACUUGCAUGAUCCUGAUACACAACUUAAUACAUGUAUUCAACAGACUGGUGCCAAUGUCAUUCUCGUGCAUCAACCUACACAGGAUCAGCUUCUUUCCCAAUGUUUAAUGAUUAAUGUUGAUCAGAUUCAACUUCGUCAUCGUAAUUUUAUUGCAAGUAUUCGUUCAAACCCUAUGAAAUCGACAGACACUGUUCUUCAUCAUACAUCAGUUAAUUUCGAUGUUCAUUUAUUAGAAAUCAUCGGAACCCUAAUAAUGGGUGGUCAAGUAAUUCUGCUUCAUCCAAAUGGCAAUCUCAGUAUGAUUACAUUUUCUGAAACAAUUCGUCGUCAACAAGUCACUAUUUUGAAUAUCAUGUCUUCAUUACUAAUCACACUUGUUGAUUAUUUACGUACUGCAAAUAACAAGGAAUGUUUACAGACUCUUUGUUGUGUUUUAUGUAGAGGAGAACCAUUGAUGGCAAGUACUAUAGGCAAUAUUUGGAAUUUUCUGAAUGAGCACUGUCGUUUUUAUAACCAUCAUGGUUAUAUAGAAAGUACAGGUCCAGCGGUUCAAUACUUGAUUGCAGUUAAUAAUGAUGACGAUGAGCUUCUACCAAUAGGACGACCUUUGCCAAAUGUUCACAUCUAUCUCUUGGACGAAUAUUUUCAACCAGUUAUACCUAGUGUUCAAACAGGUGAAAUCGUCAUCGGAGGUAAUAUUUAA